AUGUCGCGUGACUGCCACCUCCAGCUGCCAGCGGUGACCUGGGUGCUGCUGCUGGUGAUGACAGCUUUUGCCAUGGAGUGCCCCAAGAUCAAGGUGGGGACAUGCAAGGACUGCAUCCAGUCCGGUCCCGGCUGCGCCUGGUGCAAGAAACCGAGUUUCACCAAAGCCGGCGAGCCAGACUCGAUCCGCUGUGACACCAUCGAGCAGCUGCAGCAGAGGGGAUGCCCACACAAUGAGAUUGAGUUUCCAGGCAAUGAUAUUACAAGGACACAGAACAGACCCUUAAGCAAUGACACACAGCUGACUCCCCAGGAGGUGCACCUGAAACUGAGGAUAGGCCAGCCCGCUGUAUUUGAGGUGAAGUUUCGCCGGGCCAUGGGAUACCCCAUAGAUCUCUACUACCUCAUGGACCUCUCCUACUCCAUGCUGGAUGACCUGGAGAAGGUGAAGAAGCUGGGAGGGGAGCUGCUCAGGGCACUGGAGAGCACCACCCCUUCUCGCCGCAUAGGGUUUGGCUCCUUUGUGGACAAGACAGUGCUGCCCUUCGUGAACACACACCCCGAGAAGCUGCAGAACCCCUGCCCCAACAAGGACAAGCAAUGCCAACCUCCCUUCGCCUUCAAGCACAUCCUCUCACUGACCGACAACGCCAAGAAGUUCGAGAGUGAAGUGGGGAAGCAGUUUAUCUCGGGGAACCUGGAUGCCCCAGAGGGGGGGCUGGAUGCCAUGAUGCAGGCAGCGGUGUGCGGCGACUUGAUCGGCUGGCGCAAUGUGACCCGCUUGCUGGUGUAUGCUACCGAUGACGGCUUCCACUUCGCUGGUGACGGCAAGCUCGGGGCCAUCCUGACCCCCAAUGAUGGCCAGUGCCACUUGGAGGACAACAUGUACAAAAAGAGCAAUGAGUUUGACUACCCGUCUGUUGGCCAGCUGGUCCAGAAACUUGCUGAAAACAACAUUCAGCCCAUUUUUGCUGUCACCAGUAAGAUGGUGGAUGUCUACAAGAAACUCAGUGAGAUGAUCCCAAAAUCAGCAGUGGGAGAGCUGAACGAGGACUCCAGCAACAUCAUUGAACUCAUCCAGGUGGCCUACAAUAACCUCUCCUCGCGGAUCAUCCUGGACCACUCCACCCUGCCAGAUGUCCUGGAUGUCAAAUAUGACUCCAUAUGCAGUAAGGACAAGGUCAUCUUGGACGAAGCAAGAGGGCAGUGCGACAAUGUCAAGAUCAAUGAUGAGGUCAUCUUCAAAGUGAAGGUCACGGCCAAGGAGUGCAUCAAAAGCCAGUCCUUCACCAUCCGGCCGCUGGGCUUCACAGACACUCUCACCGUCCACCUGGACAGCAACUGCAACUGCAACUGCAACGAGCAGCCCGACCCAACUGCCUGCAGUGGGAAAGGCAGCAUCAUCUGUGGGAUCUGCAGCUGCAAUUCAGGCUACACAGGGAAGAACUGUGAGUGCGAAACCAAAGGCAAGACCAGCAAGGAGCUGGAGGGCAGCUGCCGGAAGGACAACAGCUCCGUCAUCUGCUCAGGGCUGGGGGACUGUGUGUGUGGGCAGUGCAUCUGCCACACCAGUGAUGUGCCCGACAAGCAGAUCUAUGGCACCUUCUGUGAGUGCGACAACAUGAACUGCGAGUUUCACAACGGCUCCCUCUGCGGCGGCAAAGACCGCGGGAGAUGUGACUGUGGGGAGUGCAAGUGCUUGCCCGAGUACCAGGGCAGCGCCUGCCAGUGCAAGAAGUCGACGGACGGCUGCUUGAACAUCCGUGGCAACGAGUGCAGCCACCGCGGGACCUGCCACUGCAACCGCUGCCAGUGCCGGGGGGGAUACCAGCCCCCCUUCUGCCAGGAGUGCCCCGGCUGCCCCUCACCCUGCGGCAGAUAUGUCUCCUGUGUGGAGUGCAAGGCUUUCCUGAGCGGCCCCUUUGAGAAGAACUGCUCCCAGGCCUGCCCCAACAUCCAGGUGGCUGAGCAGUUGACAGGGGUGAGCAGGCAGUGCAGGGAGAAGGACUCCCACAACUGCUGGAUCUCCUUCCGCAUGGUCCAGGAAGACGGCGAGGAGAUGUACACUGUCAUCGUCGAUAGAAAAAAAGAGUGCCCGGAGCCUCCCAACAUCGCGCUGAUCGUGGGAGGCACCAUUGCCGGCGUGGCCCUCAUCGGCCUUGUGCUCCUGCUGAUCUGGCGGCUCUUGACGGAGCUGUUUGACCGCCGGGAAUACCGCCGGUUCGAGAAGGAGAAGUCCAAGGCCAAGUGGAACGAUGCUGAUAACCCCCUCUUCAAGAGUGCUACCACCACGGUUGUGAAUCCCAGGUUCAAUGGGCAAUGA